ACAGGAUGGGUUUACCCAUUUAUGUAUUAAAAUAAGUUUUGUUUUCAUGGUAUUCCAGGCUUUUUGAACGAGGAUUAGAGUAUGUUGGAAGUGACUAUCUCUCUUUCCCUCUCUGGGAUAAAUACAUUGAAUAUGAAUAUAUGCACCAGGAGUGGGGUCGGCUUGCCAUGAUAUAUACUAGGAUAUUAGAGACUGCGAUUCAACAUCUGGAUAAAUACUUCAACAGUUUUAAAGAGUUAGCGGGAAGUCGACCUUUGUCAGAAUUAAGGACUGCUGAGGAAGCUGCUGCUAUAGCAGUUUCAGGGGCUGGUGGACUAGAAAAUGAGGGAGAGGUUCCUCCUGGUGGUGCAGAAAAACCUAUAAGUGCUGGCUUAACUGAGGCAGAAGAAUUGGAGAAGUAUAUCUCCAUAAGAGAAGAGAUGUAUAAGAAAGCUAAAGAGUUCGAUUCCAAGAUCGUUGGUUUUGAAACGGCUAUUAGGAGGCCCUACUUCCAUGUAAGGCCCCUCAGUGUUGCUGAGCUUGAAAAUUGGCAUUACUAUCUGGAUUUUAUAGAGGGAGAAGGUGACUUCAACAAGUCAAGUAAUAUCUGCUGCAUCAUUUGCUUUAUUGGCUAAUUCGUUGGAUGAAGCAACUUUUUAAACGGGAAAUUGAACUGAGACUAAAGCAUGGGCCUUCCAUUUGGUUUCUUUAAGGCUAAGUACUUCAAACCCUCAUUUUUAGCGAAUUUUUUUAGGUUCCUGAUGAAUUCUACGGUAAAUUUUAUUCUUUUUAAAGUUCAAAUGUUAUGCAUGCAGGUGUGUUUUGUCUUCCUAACCAUCUAUCUGUCAGGCAAGGAGGGUCCCUCCCUUGGUAUUUGAGGGGCCUCUCUGUUCCGAUCAUGGAGUAUUUCUGAUGCAUUUCUCCUCUCUGCUUUCUGUCAUUUGUAUAGUUAUGUUUUGGAACAUCAGAAUGAACUUUUAAUAUUUUACAUUUUCACUGUGAAAUAGGUUGUAAAAUUAUAUGAAAGGUGCCUAAUUGCCUGUGCAAAUUAUCCUGAGUACUGGAUACGUUAUAUUUUAUGUAUGGAAGCCAAUGGGAGCAAGGAUCUUGCAGAUAAUGCACUUGCUCGUGCAACACAAGUCUUUGUCAAGAGGCAACCUGAGAUUCACCUUUUUGCUGCUCGAUUCAAAGAGCACAAUGGCGAUGUAGAAGGUGCUCGUGUUGCUUAUCAACUUGUGCAUGCCGAAAUUUCGCCUGGCCUUCUUGAAGCAAUUAUUAAGCAUGCAAAUAUGGAACGCCGUCUGGGGAAUCUUGAAGAUGCCUUCUCUUUGUAUGAGCAAGCCAUUGCCAUUGAAAAAGGGAAAGAGCAAUCUCAAAUGUUACCAAUGUUGUAUGCCCAGUACUCUCGUUUUUUAUAUUUGGUCUCUGGUAAUGCGGAGAAGGCUAGGGAGAUUCUAACUGGGGCCCUUGACCUUGUUCAACUGUCAAAACCAUUUCUUGAGGCAUUAAUACAUUUUGAAACAAUUCUGCCACCACCUAGGAAGAUUGAUUAUUUAGAUUCCUUGGUUGAUAAGUUUAUGGUGCCAAGCUCAGAUAGCCCAUCAACUGCAAGUGCUGCUGAAAAGGAAGAUAUAUCUGCCAUCUUCUUGGAGUUCUUGGGUUUCUUUGGUGAUGUACAAUCUAUCAAGAAGGCAGAAGAUCGGCAUGCCAAGCUCUUUUUACCUCACAGGCCAAUAUCAGAGUUAAGGAAACGUCAUGCAGAAGAUUUUCUAACUUCAGAUAAGACAAAGUUGGCAAAGUCUUACCCUGGUGCCCCUUCAGCUGCCCAAUCUUUGAUGGGUUCUUACCCAAACACUCAAAACCAGUGGCCUGCUGGUUAUGGUGUACAGCCUCAAACUUGGCCAUCUACAACACAGGCACAACAGUGGGCCCCUGGCUAUAGCCAACCGGCUGCAUAUGGUGCAUACAGUAGUUAUGGUAGCAAUUAUGUUGCUCCACAAGUGCCCACAUCAGUGCCACAAAGUGCUGGAUAUGCUGCUUAUCCUUCUACAUAUCCUGUUCAGACUAUUCCCCAACAAAGCUAUGCGCAACCAGCUGCUGCCCCAACAUUAACCCCGGCUCAGCAACCUGCAUCUGUUCCUCAGCCGUAUUAUGCAACUUACUACUGAGGUUACAUGGCAUGCACCCCAUCAGCCACCAUUUUGGCCAUCUGUAAUUAUUCUCUAUAAUCGUGCAUCUAUAUGCUUAACCUGCCCUGUAACUCAAUUUUUAACUUGAGACAGCAUAGUGAAGGUAGAACCUCCUAGGGCUGAAGUUUCAUGGUGGUUGUUCUAGUUGACCAUGGGAAAUUGUAUUUUAGUUCUAGGCAUGUGAUGUUUGGCACUUCGCUGCCAAUUUUAGAGUCUUUUUUCUUAAAAUCUAUGUUAGUACAUAUCUUAUUUAUCCUGGGUUGGUUUGUCGAGCAUCCAAAGAUAAUCUCCAAUCUAUGGUCUUUUUAUUUUAUUUUUAGAUAUAUACAUCACUCAAUCUUUUUAUCUAAGGAAGUUACUACUUAACAAGAGAAAAGUUUUUAACCAUUGGGACUUACAUUAUCACCAUUUUUUAGUUGAAAAGCAAAAUUACGUAAUCAGCUUAAACUAAUUUCAAAAGCAACUAGGUUUUCCUUUUAAUUUCUCCAUAUCCACAAUUGGGAUGUCAGUUCACUGCAGAGCAAAUUUUGCGGAUUUCACCGUCGGUGCCCGUCUUGACGCCAAUGUUACUCAUCUUCACCAUGGACCUUCCAAAUUCGAUGUUAAAAUUCAGUGGUGGUGAGCCUCCCAAGAAUCGUUGGAUGAUGGGUCUUGUCGAAGCAUCAGUCCACAGCCUCUGGUCAGACUCCACAAUCCCCCGGUAGUUCCUCAGGUGGUUGAAGAAAGACAAGUCAAAU